AUGGUUGUUGCUGUGAAAGUUUUUAAACUAGUUGAUGACCCUAGAGCAUCAAAGAGCUUCAAAUCCGAGUGCGAGGCAUUGAGGAACAUUAGGCACCGAAAUCUAGUGAAGAUACUCACAGCUUGUUCUAGUAUUGAUCACCAAGGAAACGAAUUCAAGGCUCUGGUUUACGAGUUCAUGGAAAAUGGUAAUUUAGAGGAGUGGUUGCAUCUAAAAGGUAGGGAAAGGAAAUUGUGUUUUCUUCAAAGACUAAACAUCGCCAUCGAUGUUGCUUGUGCGGUGGAUUAUCUUCAUCACGAUUGCGAAACACCAAUAAUUCACUGUGAUCUCAAGCCAAGCAAUGUUCUUCUCGAUGCUGAUAUGACUGCCCAUGUUGGGGACUUUGGGUUAUCAAGAUUCGUUCUGCAACAAAGAAGCGACUCUUCCAACAGUCAAACACUCUCAGUAGGGGUCAGAGGAUCUGUUGGCUAUGCUGCUCCAGAGUAUGGAAUGGGAAGUCGCAUGUCAACACAAGGUGAUGUUUACAGCUAUGGCAUUCUCUUGUUGGAGAUGUUCACGGGAAGAAGACCCACUGAUGAGAUGUUUAAGGACAAUCUAAGCCUUCAUAGCUUUGCUGAAAUGGCUUUGCCAGAAAGAGUGGAGGAAAUCGCAGAUCCAAUACUUCUUGAACAUGAAAGGGAGGAGAAGGAGUCGGCGGUGGUGGAGGCAAGCAAAAACGCAAUGGAUCAAUGUAAUGACAACAAUGUUAGCAGAAAGACAAUCGAAGAGUGCUUGGUUUCGGUGUUCAGAAUUGGGGUUGCCUGUUCAGUGGAAUUACCAAGGGAGAGAUUGGAUAUGGGUGAUGUUGUAGCAAAGUUGCAAUGGAUCAAGAACAGUCUGAUUGGAGGCAGAGAGGUGCAUUCACAUAUGCACCACGAGUCAGCUAAGGAAAACUAACACUCAGCAGCCUAUGAAGCCAAGACACCUCGGUGGAGGUAACGUAUUGGUGUAAGAUACGUUUGUGUCUGAAUUCAAGUCGGAAGCGUCCUAUUCGAUUUCAACGAUUUUCGUUUGGAGGCCCGGACGCUUCCUAACGUACUCGAUCGGAAUACGCUAGGAUGGUCUCGAGAUGCUGUGAACAAUUGCGAUAUACACUUUUUGCUGGAAUGGCUUUGUAAAUAAAUAAAUAAUGAGUGACAUAUAUGAAAUGAUGUAAUCCGUAUAUAUUCAUGAUUUUGUACUAAACUAGCUAGAGUCUUGGUUUUAUUUUAUUUCUUUUAUUUAGACAUUCAGUGCACAAUUAAAAUCCAUACAAAUAUUUUUCUAAACA